GCUGGUCUUUAGACUCGAUUCUGCGUGUGUCCCGGACCAACUUCACGACUAAUACUCUUACAGGCAUAUUUAUCUUUGGUAAUUAUAAUUGAUUUGGGAGCGUAAAUGCGGUUUGCUGUUUUUACUCAAGGAACAGACAGAAUGGCUUCUAUAUCAUCAAAAGAAACACACAAGAAAAGAGUUUGGUUUGAUCUCCACACGGGAAACCGAAGUCGACAUGUUUCACCCAGAGACGGACAAAUGCAGCUUCCAUACAAACGGGUGUAUAGACGAAAACGUGCAGAUCUCCACACGGGAAACCGAAGUCGACAUGUUUCACCCAGAGACGGACAAAUGCAGCUUCCAUACAAACGGGUGUAUAGACGAAAACGUGCAGAUCUCCACACGGGAAACCGAAGUCGACAUGUUUCACCCAGAGACGGACAAAUGCAGCUUCCAUACAAACGGGUGUAUAGACGAAAACGUGGUAUAAAGGAGUCAAAUUGGGUCCAAGCCCAGCGGUCAACAGAUCAUGAAUCCCAUUCUCACAACCUGCAAGAUUUAGCAACACACAGAUGCAGAGAUGAUGACUCAAAUUUCAAGACACUUCUGUUGAACAUGAUUGUGAAGGACCUACAACCAUUAAGGACCAUGGAAGAAGCUUGGUUCCAACAUCUCACAAGGAGUCUUCAGCCAUCUUUGCAUAUUCCGUUAAAUGCCUCCUGGGUUCAAGCUGAGCUUCAGAGACUUUAUUGGCAUAAGAGAAUGGAAGUGCAGACUGCUGUCAAUAAUUCAAGUAACCUUGUUCUCUCAACUGAGCUGUGGAACUCAAAUGAGUCACUGUUCUAUCUGACAGUGUCUUGUCACCUAAUCAACGAAAAAUGGGAGCUGAAAUCCUAUGUGCUAGAUACAGCUCACCUACUUGCAGAGCAUACAGCAGACAGUGCCGUACAGCAACUUUUGAGAAUUGCAAAUGAGUGGAACAUCACAGAGAAGACUCAGGUGGUGGUCACAAACGUUGACGGCAUGAAGAAGGUCCAUACAAAUGGUUGUAGAUGGAUAUAUAUACCCUGUUUUGCCCACACUCUAGAUAAAGUGUUUGGAGAAGCCAUAGGUGACCCUGACUUGAAACAUCUGCUGAGGAAAUGUCAGCAUAUAGUUGCGUUUUUUCACCAAAACAACCAAGCCUCACAAAGUCUCCAGGAGUAUUGUUCUCAUCUCAAGCUUCAACAAAAUGAACUAACUCAGUGCACUGGUCUAAAGUGGCUUCCUACACAUCAUAUGCUCAAAGAUGUCUUAUGGCAGUGGCCUGCCAUUUUUAAGGUUUUUGUCGACAGACGAGUGGAAGAUCUUUGCCUGAAUGAAAAUGAAAGAAAAAUAGUUAGUGACAUUGUAGCAGUGCUGAAUAUUCUGAAGGAUGUUUCAGAGGAAAUAGGAAGACAAGGAUACAGCCCAAUUUCAAACAUCAUACCGCUGGUCCAAAAACUGCAGAAGAAACUGAGACACCUGGAGAUGAAAGGGAACAGAAUAGCGCUGAAACUGUAUGAAAGAUGUGACUAUCAUAUUGGCAACAUCAUUCAAAACCAUUGGUUCAGAUUUAGCACAGCACUGGACCCAAAAUCCAAAACCAGUGUGCUGUGGGACUCUGGUGAAGAAAAUGUGAAAAUGGAAAUCAUGAGAGAAACACAACCUGAGCACAGCAAAUAUGAGACUGAAGAGUUGGUCCAAAAAUACUGGAAAAUAAAAGACACUUCAAUGAAACCACUUGAAUUCUGGAGGAACAAAGAUGAAUUUGAAAAACUGGCAACAUUUGCCCGCAAGUACCUGACAGUGGUUUCCACUGCAAUUCCAAUGGAGCGUGUAUACCAACUGAAAGAAUCACAGAUUGUCAACAGGAGAAACUGCUUGGAGCCAGAAAAUGUCAAUAUGAUCGUGUUUUUGAACGGCAAUUAAUAAAUAAAUAAAAAAUCAAAUGUUUGCAUAUAUUACAAUCUAAAAAAAUUAAGUUUGUAAUCAUUUUCAUAAUUUAAAAUAUGCUACAAUAAAAAAACAUUUCUAAGUCUGAGGCCAUGGUUCUUUGCUGGAAAAUGGUGGAUUGCUUUCUUCAGGUAGGGAGCACCAAGUGGAGGACUUCAUGAGUGAGGGAAAGUUGGAGUGUGAGAUUGACAUGCGGAUUGGUGCCGUUUCUGCAGUAAUGUGGUCGCUGUACUGGACCAUGAUGGUGAAGAAGGAGCUAAGCCUGAAAGCAAAGCUCUCAAUUUAACAGAUGGUGUACGUUCCAACCCUAACCUAUGGUCUUGAGCUUUGGGUAGUGACCAAAAGAAUAAGAUCAUGAAUACAAGCGGCCGAAAUGAGCUUUCUUCGUUGAGUGUCAGGGCUCACCCUAAGGGAUAGGGUGCGAAGCUCUGACAUCCGAGAGGGGCUCGGAGUAGAACCGCUGCUCCUACGCAUUGAAAGGUGUUAGAUGUGGUGGUUCAGGCAUCUGAGAAGGAUGCCUCCUGGAUGCCUUCCUGCAGAUGUUUUUCGGGCAUGUCCAGCCUGGAGGAGGCCCAGGGGAAGACCCAGAACACGCUGGAGGGCUUAUAUCUCUCGGCUAGCCUGGGAAUACCUCAGGAUCCCC